AGCUUCCUCCUGCUGCAGGCAAAAACCACACGCUCCUUCCGGAAUUUAUCAAAGUUCCAUUUCAUGCGGAUGCAGAAUGGAAGCCCGCCCAAUCCCCCCGCGGCAGCAGCCGGGCCAACUCUCAAGCCUCUCGGCCCUGUCAUGCGCUCAGUGCCGCAGCCGCAAGCUAAAGUGCGAUCGCACGCGGCCUAGGUGUGACCGCUGUGUCGAACGGAACGACGGCUGCACAUAUCCCGAAGCCCGGCAGCGGGGCCUCGGUGCCCGCAAGACGGUGCGGGAUCUCGAGGAGCGCAUAGAGGAGCUUGAGGCACGCCUCCGGGCCGCCAAUCUCGGGACGACCACACGUGCAACAGGGCAGGAGCAGUCAUUCGCCGAACCAACCCCCUCGAUGAAUCCGGGGCCGGCAAGCGGCCAACUAUUCGAUCUGGGCUUGUUCGAGCAGUCUCCCUCGUUCGAGGUCAUGGAUGCGCUCACGGCCCUCUACUUCCAAACCAUCCACCCAGGGGCUCCCAUGCUUCACCAGGCGCGCUACACGGCGUCCCUGCGGCUUCCUCCGCACAUGCGCCCGCCCAUGUGUCUUCAGUACGUCGUGAUGGCAUCCGCGGCAGCAGUGUCGCCCACAUACCGCCACCUUUCUGAACCUUUUUACCAGCGCGCACGGGUUUAUGCCGAGGCAGACGAGCUGAAAGGCCAAGGCGAGGUCUACACCACGGUAGCCCACGUGCAGGCCUGGUUGCUCAUCUCGGCCUACGAAUGCCAUGUCUAUGCCGUCUUCACCCGGGCAUCUACCAGCCACUGCCGCGCCGUCCGCAUUGCCCAGAUGCUCAAGCUGCACCAGCUCGACAGCCCACAACCCGACCCGUCUCCGAGCCUGCCUCCGCCGAGGGACGCCAUCGAGGCCGAGGAGCGGCGUCGAACGUGGUGGGUCGCCUUCAUGGCCGACCGCUUUCUCUCAUCCACUACAGGCUGGCCGUCCCUCAUCGACGAGCGACACCUCCGCACCAACCUCCCCACCACCGAAGAUGCCUUCGCCGCCGGCACCGAAAACCCCCACCCAACGCCACUAUCAUCUGGCAUCCAGCGACUGGAACAGGUCCGAGGAAACGAGUUGUCCCCCUUUGCCCUCCGCCUCCUCGCCGCCAACGAACUCCUGCACGCGCUGGAUCACACCGCAAACUCCCCCAACCCACAAGACGCCGGAGACCUAGACACAAACACUGACAGCCCCUACUGGCGCCGGCACCGCGAAAUCGACAGCAACCUGACUGCACUAACCUUCUUCCUCCCGGAACCGCAGAUGAACCCCUCGGCCAACCCACGCAGCCUCGACGCCAUCACCGUGCGCAUAUGCGUCAGCAUGGCCGUCCUCCACCUGGGCCGUUCUUCUUUUAUUAAGGCCCCUAAUAACCAACAACAACAACAUCAAGAAAAAUCGUCCGCGGCGUGGAAGGAGUGGAAAGAGGCCCGCCUUCUGCCCGCCGCAGAAACCGUAGUAUCCGUCUUCCGCGCGGCGCAGGCAGCCAAUUUCCUGGGCACGGCCAUUCGCAACCCUUUACUCCCCUUUGCCGCCUACAUGGCUGCGUCUGUGUUUCUGUCCGACUGCUUGUCCUCUGCUCCUCACGGGCAAACUCAAAAUACCUGGUCUGCCGACGGGAAACUGGAAUAUGGGCGGUGA